GCCGCCGCUGGCUGCCCUCCUAAUCUGGACGUCGCUGGACGCUGAGAGGAGAGGAGAGGGACUUUCCGGUUGGUGUAUAUUUAAUCCACUGAUUUCGAAAAAUCUAUAUCAUGUUUUGUUUGUUUACUUUGCUGUUUGCGAAAACGAUCUACUCCGAUUAAAUACACUAAUUAGAAAGAAACCGCAGUAUAGAUAUCCGAAUUGGAGGAUACGGCCAUACCAUAAUCAAUCUUCUGUUAGUCGCUGCGAUUCAGAACUCGAAGAAACCCCAGGCACAGACAAAGAGACAAUAACGAAAUGCUGAGGCUGCAGACUUACGCUGGGCUCAGUAUAAUUGCAACCCUUGCUGUAAUUUAUCAUGCCUUUAGCAGUAGAGGUCAAUUCUAUCCAGCCAUGGUUCAUUUAUCCACCUCCAAGAUCAGCUUGGUACUUCUCCUCAACAUGGGCCUCGUCAUUAUGUGCAUUCUCUGGCAGUUGACCAAGAAAAUCUUUCUUGGUUCCCUCCGCGAAGCUGAGGUUGAGAGGUUGAAUGAGCAGUCCUGGCGUGAAGUCAUGGAAAUACUCUUUGCCAUCACUAUUUUCCGCCAGGACUUUUCCGUCAGUUUUCUUGUCAUGGUUACUACACUUCUCUUGAUCAAGGCUUUGCAUUGGUUGGCUCAGAAAAGGGUUGAGUACAUUGAGACCACUCCAACUGUCCCUGCCUGGUCCCAUCUCCGCAUCGUCUCCUUUAUGGCAUUCCUACUCCUUGUCGACACCCUCUUCUUGUACAACUCUGUAAAGUAUUUGAUACUGACAAGACAGGCUUCAGUUUCUCUCUUCUUUUCUUUCGAGUACAUGAUACUAGCUACAACCACCGUCUCAACUUUUAUCAAAUAUGUAUUUUAUGUCAGCGACAUGCUUAUGGAAGGACAAUGGGAAGGCAAGGCUGUCUACACCUUCUAUUUGGAGCUCAUCCGAGAUCUGCUACACUUGUCUAUGUACCUGUGCUUUUUUCUUGUAAUCUUCGUGAACUAUGGUGUUCCUCUACACUUGAUUCGGGAGCUUUAUGAGACCUUUCGCAACUUCAGAGUUCGAGUUGCCGAUUAUAUUCGGUAUCGGAAGAUCACUUCAAAUAUGAACGAUCGUUUUCCAGACGCAACACCGGAAGAGCUUAAUGCUGAUGCAACCUGCAUUAUUUGCCGUGAGGAGAUGACUACAGCAAAGAAACUCCUUUGCGGGCAUCUUUUCCAUGUGCAUUGUCUUCGUUCAUGGUUGGAAAGGCAGCACACAUGUCCUACUUGCAGAGCACUUGUUGUACCACCUGAAAAUGGGACAAUUACAGCUGGAUCACGGCCUGAUAGUCAUCAACAGGGAACAAGCAUGGCUGGUACAUCUUCUCACACAUCUGCUAGUAAUGACAUGGCAAAUGGUAAUAUCAACCAACACCAGGCUAGACUCCAAGCUGCAGCAGCUGCUGCCUCAAUAUAUGGAAAAUCUUUUGUUUACCCUUCUGCAAGCACACCAAUGUGGUCUCAAAUAUACAGGUCCAUGGGCUCCAUUCCUGCUGAUUCAGGCGGUGAAGUAGAUGUCACUGAACAAUCACAACUGCGCCACUUCAAUAACUUUCCCUUUGCCCAACUCCCACCAUUUACGUUUGCUGCAACAAGUUUGAAUGGAGAGAGAAUUCACAGCAACUUAAGUGUAUCAGAGUCUCAAAUUGAUGCUCAAAAGAAAUUUCUGGAGCACCAGAUUGAGGUUUUGCAAGCCCAGCUCCAGCUUAUACAGAAGCUAUAUGCUGAGAAAACCAAUGCUACAGAAGCAACUUGUGCCAGCAAGGGAAAGACCGUAUCGUCAUUGUCUUCCUCUUCUUCAGAUUGCAAUCAGCAUGUGAAGACUGAAGAUUCAGAUUCAUAGUCUUGCCUUCACACAGGCAUAGGUGUAUGGUCAGGCAUAUGUGUAGGGUCAAGCAAGUUGAGACAGAGAUUGUGGGGAACUUGCGUUAGAGAGCUGCAAAUUCAUAUAGUUUUUUUUCCCCCUUUUAAACCCCUUCUCUCAAGGGGAUUUCAGAUGGUCACUUCUCUGGAAAGAACUAAGUAUAUCUGGAAUUUGAUGCGCCAGAAAUUGCCAUUUGAAUAUGAGGAAUGCAUUCUGAACACAUGCUGAAUAUAGAACAUUCUGUGCUGACCAGCUGCUUUUUUAAUUUUGGCUUUCUAGUUUGUCGAUGUGCGUGUGGCUAUGGAAUAGUAGGUACAGUCUGCCGUUACAUCAGCUGGGAUAAAUAAAUGGGAUUUAUUUUGCAUUAUCACCA